AUGAUCAGUAAAAUAUGGUUGACUCUAUUAGCGUCAACUGUCUUAUAUGUCAUGUUUCUGCCACCAACCGAAUCGGGAUUUCUGAUGUGGCUUGUGUGUUGCUUCGCUCCAAACCACAUUAUUUGCAAAUUGUACUAUAAACCUGACGAAGCUAAGCAGGAACUACUUGAGCAAUACGGUCACCUCACUUCAUCAAAUGGUCAAACUCCACAUUUAUUACCUACUGUUUUUGACUCACCUGUAUGGUUUAAAUUACGAAAAUGUCAUUGUCAUUUUAGGGGACAUCGGGAACGGGAGGUUAAAAGUGAAAAAGAACGAAUAUUUUCAAGGUUUAAUCACAAUGGUCGGAUAGAAGUUACAAUUACUGACAUUUCACCUUAUAAAAUUCAUCUUUAA